AUGUCAUUGGAGGAUAUGUGCUUCAAAAAGGUCUUCGAUUCCGCCUUGAAAUCGGCGAUUCGGUUCAACCACUCUUUGGACGAAGUCCUUGACCACGCUGAUGUGAAGGACAAGUGGGCGAAGUGCCAGGAGACAGCAGAAGAGGAUGCAAAAGCCACGGCCGUUGCACCCUUAGCAGGGGACCAGCAGCAGCAGGUGGUGUCAUUGGUCCAGGGUCCAGGGGCCUUGCAACACUCUUUGGCCAACAAGGUUGUCACUAGCCCGGUGAGCCUCUCAGAAUCUGAUGAGGCGCUGGUGGACGAGGUGGAGAAGCAAUGCAUGACAAAAACUCAGGCACUACUGUCCACCAUCAACUUCGCAAAGCCGCCUGGAAGGGGCGAAACAUCUGAGACCCUGCACUCGUCUACUUCUUUGGCGACCGCUUUGCGGAGCAUCCCGGUGAUUGGUGCACAGGGAUCAGCGGACUCGUCCGUUUUGAUUAUGUAUGAUAUCGAGGCAUCGGGAGAACAGGCGCAGUGCCCUCGCCGGAGCAACACUCCGAUGAGGAAGGGACACUUGGAGACGGCCGUGGCAGCGACUCUCAUUGCCCGUUCGGAUUGCACUGAUGUCAAUUCGGCAGCUCAAAUGAUUACUGACGGUGAAGCAGCCAGCUUGAUGCCUGACCAAUCAGAUGUGAUGCUUUUGCUGGGGGAGAACGCCCGUGUCAAAGACAUCCGUUCCCGUGGCAGAGCUGGUGACACUGACGCCCGUUCUGGGCCCGAGCCCAUCAACUUUCGAGCAAUGGACCAGUCAGUGAUUGAAGAACUCCUGCACAGAUUUCGUCCAAGAAUUGUCAUCAAUUUGACAGCGAGUUGCCCUACGGCUGUUCUUCCCUUUCUCCUGAAGGGUUUGCCAGUUGUGGCAAUUGGUUCCGUGGUUCAGUCAGUUUUAGGCCACACGCCUGAGCAUUGCAAGUGGUUCAAGGAGCAGGCAGCCAAGAUGCUCUUCGAAACGUUCCUUCGGGUUGGCUCAACAAACUACGACGGCCGUUUGGCCAAGGCUUUGAAGAUUGAGGAUGCGCCCGGGCCAAACGGAAACCAGCCAGUGCCAGCCACUGGCCGGGGGGAGUCUGGAAGAGGCCGUGGCCGUGGUCGAGGCGGGGUGAAGCGCCAAAGGAAGCCAAGGGCCAAGGCUGGCAGCGACAAGAAGAAGCAGAAGAAGGACCAGGAAGAUGACGACAAGGCCGACGCGGACGAGGCUUCGGAGGUCAGCGGCGAAGCAGGAGGCUCUGCCGAGGCCGGGUCUGCCGAGGCCGGGUCUAAGUGCAAAAAUUAA